GUUCCUUCCAGCUGAUCGCGUUUCGUGUAUACAGCUGCAGUGGUGUACUGCAAUUUAAAUUUUCUAUUUUUUACAUUAAUUUAUUCGAUUUCUAUCAAUUUAGCCGUUCAAACUUUUCAAAAAAUGUUCAACUAAACAAGUAGUUAUUAGGGUUAAAAAUAACUUAAUAUGUAUUAUAGUAACAAAAGUUUGUACUUUGUAAAGGAACCCUCACAUGCUUUUAGGUUAUGUCUGUUCCUAUCAAAACAUUCUACAUUAUUUUAAUUCAAUCUGUUGAAUAGGCUACGGUAAUAAGGCUUUUUAAAGAUAAACAAUUGAAGAAAUGUCUGUUCUACUGCAGAGAAAUGUAAUCGCCUAUAACAGGGGUAUUUCGUUUUGUAAGCUUUCUUUUAUAAGGAAGCACAGUGCCGGUACAGUUGUUCAAAAGGAAUCUGCUGAUGACUUGCCAGUUUACGAAUAUGGUUUGAGUGGUGCAGGUGACCGCAAAUUGUACGUGUGGGGUCUGGUAGAGCACGGUGGGCUAGGCGUUCAUCAUUUGCUCAAGAAAAAUAGAUUUCCGCCGAAAUAUUAUCAGCGUCCAAGCAGUCACAACUUGGCUCAUAUCUGCAAGAUAACUGAUAUAGCGUGCGGCUAUGGAUUCUCUCUAUUUGCUGUGAAAAAGGACAAAGUUAGACUACUCGGAUGUGGUAUCAAUACUGAUGGUCAAAUAGGCUACCAGGCUCCACGCCGUGACCACCCUCUCGGCCUGGUGCUGACUCCGUCGCCCAUUGAGCUGGUGGUGCGGGGGCGGGGUGAGCAGGGGGGUGAUGUGCGGGUGGUGCGGAUGGCGGCCGGGCGUGCUCACUCGCUGGUGCUGACCGCCGAGCACGGCCUGUUCACACUGGGCAACAACGCCCAUGGCCAGUGUGCACGCGCCGUAGUGCAGGGCGAGGACUAUGCCCAGUCACACAAAGGCGGCUCUCCACACAACAUCAGGCAUCUCGGUGGCCAACAAAUCACCGAUGUCUGCUGUGGACAGGAUCACAGUUUGAUGUUGACGGCGGAUGGCGUUGUGUGGGCGUGCGGGUGGGGGGUGGACGGGCAGACAGGGCAGGAAGGUCGUUUGGAGGCCAUCAAUGACAGGCCGAAGCCUGUGGCCUGCGGUGAUGUCAAAGGCCAGCGCAUCGUCAAAAUGGCCAGCAAGGGAGACUUUGUGCUCGUGCUCAGUGAUGAGGGAGAUGUGUUUGGCUGGGGCAACAACGAGUAUAGACAGGUGCUAGGUGAUGCGGCAGGUGACCGGCUGCAGCUGCACACACCCGUGCAUCUCAGUCAGCUGCGACAGGUGGCUGGUCGCAUCACUGACAUAGCGGCCGGCGGGUCCUUUGCCAUGGCUCUCGACGAGAGUGGGUGCGUGUGGGUAUGGGGGAUGGGUGUGCUUGGAGGGGGACCGCAGUUGAUGCGCUGCUCUGCGCCGCACCCCUUGCCCAGGGCGCUGUUCGGUGGGGCCGAGGUGGCGGUGCAGGGGGUGGGCUGUGGCCUCUACUCCAUGUGGGCUGUCACCGUCCAGGGCCAUCUCUACAUGUGGGGCAAAAACAAGGCUGCCUCUCUCGGGCUGGGCCACACCAAAGACCAGUUCUUUCCAUUCAAGGUAGGUGUUGGCGCGCAUGUGUUGAAGGUGGAUUCAGGCGUCGAUCACACUCUCGCUCUCUGCAAGCCAUUUGCCUAAUCAAACCAAAUCUAUUCUCUCCAAAAAAAA